UCGGCUUCACGAAGAGGCGUGGCCUCCGAGUUACCUGUGAUGAAGACAACUGCUUGCUCGCGCGGAGUAGAUGAAGUGAAAUCAGAUCGAUGAGCAAACACAGGUGUUGAGCGCGAAACUGCUUUUGAACAAAACGGCUUUGUCUUUGCGCCAUCCUCAGGGAAAGUAAGCGUGUACCUGCUGUCAUUCAUCACGAAAUAAAGGUGCAAGACAUUGUGACAACUUAAACACACCCUCUAAACACUGUAAGCUCAAGGACGUGUUAAGUUCUCAGCUAGGAUGGCUGCCGACUCCACCAUGAGAUCUGAAGUAGAGGAGCUGCAGAAGAGGGCCAAUCAGGUGACAGAUGAGUCCCUUGAGAUCACUAGAAACAUGAAGCUUCUGUUGGAGGAGAGUAAAGAUUCAGGGAUCAGGACACUUGUAAUGCUGGACGAGCAGGGAGAGCAGCUUGAGCGGAUUGAGGAAGGGCUGGACCACAUCAACCAGGACAUGAGGGAAGCUGAGAAAAACCUAACAGAUCUUGGCAAAUGCUGCGGUCUGUGCUCCUGUGAUAAACUAAAGGACUUUGAAGCAAGUGGGGCAUAUAAGAAGGUUUGGGGUAAUAAUCAAGAUGGGGUGGUGUCUAGCCAGCCCUCUUCCAGAGUCGUGGAUGAGAGGGAGAAGAUGACCAUGAGCGGUGGAUAUAUUAGAAGAGUGACAAACGAUGCAAGGGAGGAUGAAAUGGAGGAAAACUUGACACAGGUCGGCAGUAUCCUUGGCAACCUCAGAAGCAUGGCACUUGACAUGGGCAAUGAAAUCGACACUCAGAACGUCCAGGUUGAUCGCAUUCAGAGCAAGGCCAUGGUCAAUGAAUCCCGCAUCAGUGAGGCCAAUCAGAGGGCCACAAAGCUAAUAUCAAGAUAAAAUAUGGGAUUUUCCUUUGUGAAACGUUUACAGUCUUCUGUAGGAAAAUGUGUGCACAUAUUGAUACAAAUUAAGUGGUUUAUCUUUUAAAUGACUAUUUACAGAACUUGGAUUAUUGCCUACUGACAUGACAGUACGUUAUUAAUAUUAUGUUCCAACAACAGCUCUUCAACAAAAAUUGAAUGAAUGUUAAUAUGCUAUCUCUAGUCUGUGCUAUAAUUGUAAUUUAAGCAUGUUUUGUACAGGCUAUAACAAAACAUAUUUUAGACUGCUAUCUUCGUUUUUUAAGCCUGCAGAACACUUUUCGUGGCUUAUAACAGCUCACUAUUCAGACAAACCAGUGUCUUAAAGUUGUAUUGGUAAAUGUAAUUUCUUUGUCUACUUUGAGUAGCUAUUUUUUUUUAAAAUAAAAAUAAAUCAAGUUUAAAAGUUCAAGGGUUUGUUUUCAUGAUGGACAAAUUAUUAUUAUUUUCUGUUAGGCCUAUACCACUUGCAGGUUCUUCAAAUAAUCUUUAUUUUAUUUCAAAUCUAUGACUUUUUUUCUGUGGAGCUGGCAACCUAGUCACCAUUCACUUUGAUUCAGUCUUUUUUAAUAUAUACAAUAAAACUGAAGGUUACUCAGUGUGGGGCAUUCUCCUAACUAAAACAAGGUCAGCCAACUGUGAGUUGAAAAAGCAUGAAGAUGAAUAAAUUACUGUUUUAAUUUUGAGGUGAACUGUCCCUUUAAGCCCUGAGACAAAUCUUAACGUAGGUUAUUUUUUUAUUUUUUGCAGACUCAUGCACGCAUAUUUGAGGAACUCACUACACCCACCUAGCGGGUGCCACAGACAAUUACAAUGCCACUCCCCACGUCUGAGACAGAGAACCUCAAAAUGGUGGCGUUUUGUUGCAUGGCCACAUCAUUACAAAACUGUAAAUGAUGGUGAACAUUCAACGGAUACUCAAACAUUCAACUUCAUUUUGCUGCCGCCCAAACCUCUGCUUUAAAUAUUCACAUGCUACUCAAGAAGAUAAAAUUGAACUGAAUAAGACCUGGGGUCCACAGAACAAGAGAUGCAACACAAUCCAAUGUUUCUACUUCAGUGUAAAGGCCUAAAUUAAUUCCAGCAUUUGUUAACCUACUAUGAGGAAUAUCCCCUUGUGUUUGUGUCGUUAACGGUUUUAUUUUAACCAUUUUAUAAUGUUAGUUGCUUACAAAUUCUCUUGGUAAACAUAAUGUAUAAAGUAUAGCACAAAUCUUUGAAGUAUAGCAACUGUUUAAAUACAGUUUUUAUAAAUUACACACAGGGCGCAGAUCUUUUGAUCGAAUUAUUUCCAUGACGUGAACAGGAAAUCAUGUAUCUUUUAAAUAAUAUAAAUUUUAACAGAGAUUGCACUCUAAAAUAGUAAUAUUUAGCUUAUAACACAUCUAUCCGAAUAUUUUACAGCUGAGUACAACCAGAAA